AUGAGCCACUGGAGCAAAAAUUCCUGGAACCCGCGCUGGGAAGCCGUGGACGCGUAUUCUAUUUCGCAUGGUCAUCCUUCCACCCGACCCAAUGCCCGGGUACUACAAGAUACGAUCUCAGCAUCCGAUACAGCGGGUUUACCAAGACACGCACUCUCGGCCUCCCAAGCCAAGUUCCUCUCGCUGCACUGUCGGACUACCAAUGUGACGCAUGCACUUGAGAUCGGCACGCUGGGUGGCUACUCUGCUAUCUGGAUGGCCAGUCAGAACCCACAGCUGCACGUAACAACCAUCGAGUACGAUGAACACCAUUACAAGACAGCCCAGAAAAACAUCGAGCUUUCAGGACUGGCGGAUCAUAUCGAGGUCAUCAACGGUGCUGCACUUGAUGUCCUUGGUCGUAUAAGUGAAGAGGUUCACUCCGGGAGGCGGCCUUCGUUUGGUUUUACCUUUAUCGAUGCGGAUAAGGUAAAUAACUGGAAUUAUUUCCUGAUGGCGAAAGAUAUUUCCAAACCGAACUCCGUCAUCUGUGUUGAUAAUAUUGUGCGUGAUGGCCACCUAGUUAGCUUCGGUGAUAAUGAUUCGUAUCUGAGAGGUUGUCGAGAGGUUGUGGAGAAGGCAGGAAAAGAACCCGGGGUUGAUUCUGUUGUGCUACAGACUGUGGGUGAGAAAGGGUAUGAUGGUUGGUUGUGGGCUGUGAUCAGUUAA